AACGUGUAUAAACUAGAGCAAAACAUGCACAUGUGAGAGCUGCAUGGUGGAGAAGAAAACCCACGUUUACUUCACAUAUACUAGAGUAUAAGUGUGGAAGUAUGAGUGAACCAGGACUUUAUCCUCCUCCUGACUUCUGCUGUCCUCCUCCCAACACCUUCCAGCCUUUCCUCCAGCAGCAGCAGCAGCAGCAUCAGUCCGGCUCCAGCAGCUUCCAGCCGGGCAUGUGGAGCUGGACGGAGACCUCCACGGAGCCCAGCUGGGACUACAGAGGCCAGGCUGAAGGGUAUCAUGGGUCUGGUCUCCCAUCAGGACGAGGACACUAUGACCUGAAGCGUCCACAUGGUCAAAACUUUGAUCGUAAAUGGCAUCAAGGUGGACAUCGAGGUGGAAGACAGCAUUAUGGAGCUCCCAACAAUCAUGUGAAAAAGCAGAGAAAUAAGAAAGAACCAGAGUAUUCCUAUUUUUGUGACACCUGUGACCGGGGCUUCAAAAUCCAAGAAAAGUACGACGAACAUGUUUCUCAACAUGUCAAGUGUGCUGUGCCUGACUGCAGCUUCAUGGCUCAUGAGAAAAUCGUCAGCAUCCACUGGAAUAAUAACCAUGCACCGGGCGCUAAAAGAAUCAAGCUGGACACACCAGACGAGAUUGCAAAAUGGAGAGAGGAGAGGCGCAAAAACUUUCCAACUCUUCAGAAUAUCGACAAGAAGAUCAAAGUGAUGGAGGCGCGGGAGGAGACGGGAGCCGUUCUAAAGACAGCUCAGUUUGGGCGAAUGAGAGGCAGAGGACGAGGACGGGGUCGAGGUCGUGGCUGGGAUAACAGAGGGUUCCACGGGCGACACCCUCACCCAUCAGACAGCAGCGUCACAGAGAGACCUCCACAACUCAACCAGCCCAGCAGGGACGGGGAUCCACUGGGAGUGCUGGCCAGCAGUGAUCAUGAUUCGGACCGAGAGGACCCAGCUCCUGAGUCCAGGACUGGUGGCCUGGUUGUGGCCCCUAAACAGAUGAGCUCAGCUCUGGGCUCCCUGGUGGCCAACUACGGCUCCAUGAGUGAGAGUGAUGAGGAACCAGAGGCUACCCCUAUUCAGAGAGCCAGAGACCUUGUGCAAGAAAACCAGGCUCUCCUAAACACAACACCACUAAACUCUCAUGAAAGAGGACCCUCCAGAGGCCCGGAAACCUCUCCACAGGUUGCAGAUUCUCACAAAGACGCCCGCUCUGACUGUGCCCAUCACACACCUAACGGCAGAAGAGGAAGGUGGGGAAGGGGAAGAGGAGGCAGGGGUGGUAGAGGAGGACACCAAGAUACACCGCAGACAUGUCGUCCCACUCUACUUGAGAUGUUGCUGGCCCAAGAUAUCCGCCACGAGAGGAACGUCCUCCUGCAGUGUGUGCGCUACGUUGUCCGUAACAACUUCUUUGGCCUGGAGAGCAGACCUCAGGACCAGAAGGGGUUAAAGGAUAAAGUCACACCAGCAGCUGUAGAGCAUGAAGGGAGGCAGGAAGAACCAUCAGAGGGCGCCAGGGCUGUGCCUCGGUCUACCUCUCUGGGUGGUGGAGAGAGAAGUUCAGCUGAAGUUAGUCAUCAGGAGGAUUUAGAAACAAAUAAAGCUGUUGUGGUUGACCAGGACUUGUGUUCAGAACCAUCCAAGGAUCCUCCUGUGGACUCUGAGCAGGCUGCAGGGUGUUUCAUCCAGAACGCUGCGGAGACAACAGUCAAAGACUGCAACGGCCUCUCUCUGACGGGCACAGAUACAAUCACAUCUACCUCUAAUAUUUAUGAUGAUGAAAUAUGGGAGAGCCCUGGUGCUGUUAUGAUUUAGCAAAUGACUAAAAUUACAUUUUGUCUUCCAGAGGUUGAUACUCUGAAAAUUGUUAGUUUUCAAGGACUUGAUUAUUUUUGAUGUGAUGUUAGUUUGACUAACAUCCAGUUAUAUUUUUGUAACAUACUUUAUACUGAAGAACUAUUUUUUUUUUUUUCUUGUGAAAUAAAUAAAUAAAUAAACUCUAUUGAUCAUUUUACAGUGUACAAAUGAAUUAUGGAUGUAUGUUUAUGAUUUGCUGUGUUGUACAGGGUGUAGCUAGAAUUGGAAAGGAAAUCCAUGUUAAUUAUACACUUAAUAAAAAUGUAAUUUUUAAAU